UAUUUUUUAUAAAUUUUGCUGCAUGCGGUUGCAGACAAAGACAUACAAUAAACACAGGAAAACUGUGAAUUACUUUUUUAUAAGCGAGAAAGUCAUAAUAAUUCUUGCCCAUAAAUGUUCUUUAUUAAUAUCAUCCACUUUAACGUUGAUUAAAAAAAGUUAACCUCGUAAAAAUAAAUGAAGAAAUGAGCAAGUUAUUACUUAUUUUAAAAAUACAUGUAUUGCUCUUGAUGUGAAUGUUACCCCUACCAACAUGGCCACUGCGUAGGCACGUCACGUAGCCAGUUUGCUAGCUCGUUUCUAUUGAAAACUGUGGGCAGGCAAGCUUGCUCCAGCUCGAGCUGUCUCGUUGUCAAAUUGACCCGAAACGCUUUCUGUGUGCUUAAAAUGGUGACGGCAUCGCAAACAUGGUCGGCUUUCCUCUCACCGCCGGCGUGACACUUGUAGGAACGCAGCGGGAUCGGGCCACAUCGCGUCAUGGCCGCUAGCGGCUAUCCGAGCCCUUUUGAAGGCACGGGUGAGGUGAAGGAGGGCUUCCUUUGCCCGCUUUGCCUCAAGGACCUGCAGUCGUUCUACCAACUCCAAGAGCACUAUGAAGACGAGCAUUCUGGGGAGGACCGCCACGUUCGGGGGCAGCUGAAAAGUCUGGUCCAGAAGGCAAAGAAAGCCAAAGACAAGUUUUUGAAACGGGAUGGAGACGACAGACCAGACGCCGGCAGCUACGAGUCCUUCUACUACGGCGGAGUGGAUCCGUACAUGUGGGAGCCUCAGGAGCUGGGAGCGACGAGAAGCCACCUGGACCAGUUUAAGAGGCAGCGUGCCGCCAGGAUUGAUCACUAUGUCAUCGAGGUGAACAAGCUCAUCAUCAGACUCGAAAAGCUGACAUCCUUCGACAGGAUCAACUCCGACGCGGCCAAAAUCCGAGCCGUCGAGAAGUCGGUCGUGUCCUGGGUGAACGACUCCGACGUCCCUUUCUGUCCCGACUGCGGGAGCAAGUUCAACAUCCGGAACCGACGGCACCACUGUCGCCUUUGCGGCUCCAUCAUGUGCCGGAAGUGCAUGGACUUCGUCCCUUUGCCGCUUGCUCAAAAACUCAUCAACGGGACGCGCGAGGCUCUGAGCGUUCCCGGGAGCCGCAGUCAGUCCCAGUCUCCGAGCGGGAUGGGGUCCAGGCGAGGCAGCCUGAGCAGCCUGAGCAGCGUCACGUCCCUGCUGGACGAGAAGGACGACGAGAGGAUUCGCUGCUGUCGUCACUGCAUGGACACGCUGCUGAAGAGGCAGCGCAAGUUGGAGGAGAAGGAUUUUGUGCCCGAUAUAGUCAAGCUUUAUGAGAGGCUGAGACAGUGCAUGGAGAAGGUGGACGAAAAAGCCCCAGAAUACAUCAGGAUGGCCGAGUCGCUCAACGCCGGAGAGACGACGUACAAUCUUGACACGGCGGGUGGACUUAGACUGGAAGUGCAGAAAUACUACGAACUAAUUGAUGCUCUAAGCAAGAAGAUUCUGACUUUGGGAAUGAAAGACGAGCCGCAGCCGCAUCCAAAGGUUCUCCAGCUGCAGAGGAUGGUGCGCUACACGGCUACGCUUUUCGUUCAGGAGAAGCUGCUUGGGCUCAUGUCCUUACCAACCAAGGACAAAUAUGAAGACCUGAAAGAAAAGCGAAAACAGGAACAAGAGAAGAGACUCCAACAAGAGAGACUGGCAGCUCAGGAGUCCCAACGGAAACGUUCACCCGCCGGCACCAACGGUGAGCUACCCCAGGCCCCCCGACCACCUCGCGUGACCAAAGCUGGAGGCUGGCUGCCCUCCUCGGACCCUGGCCGUUCACGGGGCGACGCCAUCGAGGACCCCCUCCUGCAGCAGAUCGACAACAUCCAGUCGUUCCUCCGGCAGGCGCGCGAGGCCCGCAGGGUGGACGAGGUGGCCAUGCUCGAGGAGAACCUGCGGCAGCUGCAGGACGAGUACGACAGGCAGCAGACCGGCCUGGCCAUCGCACUGUCGCAGAAGCUGCAGGAGGAGGAGAACUUGCGCCGCCUGGAGGAGAGCGAGCGCAGCGGUCCCGCCGGGCCGGCCGUUGCCCGGGAGGCCGCUUUAGAGGAUAGUCGUCCUGGGGCUCAUUUUCAAGAAGAGUCCUGCACUGAAGAGGAUUUUACCUCCAAAAAUGAAAGCUCUGCUGAGAACCAGGAUGACGAGUCCCCUCCGAGGCUCAGAAGCUUAGGCGGCCAGGUUACGCCCCCGAGUGGGAAUGGACACAAAAACCCAUUCCUCGAAGAAGGCUCGACUCCUACCGAGGAAGAUCCGUCUAAUCCCUUCUCGGAGGACAUCGAGAGGGAGCACAGAGAAGUGAUCAAUGGAAGAAAAGAAUACUACAACCCUUUCGAGGAGGAGGAGGAGGACGACGACACGCAGGCUGACCGUGUUCCCGGCAACCCCUUCGAGGACGAGGAGGAGGCCGCCGCCGAUGACACGAAAAGCAGCAGCUGCACCAACCCCUUCGCGGAGGAUUCCAAAGCCGCCCCGUCCACCAAUCCCUUCGACUGCGACGACGACAACGUGGACUUGAUCGAGGAAGAACUGCUGCUGCAGCAGAUCGACAACAUCCGGGCCUACAUUUUCGACGCCAAGCUCAGCGGGCGACCAGACGAAGUGGAGCUGCUGUCGGAAAACCUGAGAGAGCUGCAGCGCACCCUACGGGAGCAGAAGAGGGACCAGCAGUGAAGAGUCUCCCCCCACCUUCACGCAUUUACCCGAUAUCCUUGACAACCGUCUUAAGACCUUUGUACUAGUGCGCCCUUUGUUCUCGCGAGUAAGACAAUUCAACGUACUAGUAGGAACGUUUUAGCCUCCUCCGAUGAUCUUACACUAAAUAUUCUUGACAUCCGGCUUCAGGUCCACGUACUAGUACAAUCUUUGUCCUCACAAGUAAGAAAAUCCAGUAUUUGCGCGACUACUUCCGCAUUCAGGAAAAAGCUUCUUCCGAUUUUAUGAGAACGGCAACAUUGAAGAUUUCACCAAAGAGCCACCCAAGAUGACGAUUUUCAAUGUUUAGGCGACAUUUGGUUACAUAUAUCAUUAUAUAGUUGUAGCCCUAAAUGAUGUGGAUAGAUUUAGCUUUUGUCCGAAGAUCCCAAUCAAUUGUCAUCAAAGCGAAAUUGUUAGCGUAGCAUACAUAGAAAGUUAGCUAACGCGUUUUCUGGAUUUCCUCAUAUGAAUGACGAGGGCGCGCUAGGAUCUGAUAUUAGUCAGUCAAAAUUACUUGUAGGCACGAGAUGUGAAACCUACAUAGUUGUCCUACUAGUAUGCAAAGAUCGUUCUACUCGUGUGCACGAAUGUUGUCGAAACAAAAUGAAAGUGAGUUUUUCUACGAGCUCGCCAAGUUGUCUUAGUAGUGCGGGUGAGUGACUUAGGGUACUACUAAGCUGAAAGUACUAACGUCGCAAGAAAGAAACAGUGGUUUGACUAGUGCGCUCAAUUAUUUUACUUGUGAGGAAAAAGCGCGGACGAGUUGAAGCUGCCGGCUAUCAUGGGGAGGGCCAAUAGGAGCCCCUUUAAAAUCGGCCAAAAUUGGUAAAUUUUUCUUUUUUGCAAAUUGUUUUUUUUUUUUUUUUUUCAACAAAAUAA